AUGAGACGAAAAGUCAUUGUCUAUACUGUGAAGAUUGAAAACAAGGUCCGUGUGGAUCCAUUAAAGGGAUGCCACCAUAAGCGAAGUGGAUCCGAUUCUUGGAUUUCAAAACCCAAGGAAAGACUAAGAUCUACUGAUGAUCCUGGAAUUGGAGAUGUUUCACUUAGGGUCAAUCCGAAUGGCUCACCACAAGUGUUUUUAUAUAAGGGUACGAAGCCAUCUCGUCGAACUGCCCCAUGGCCUUGGAGAAGCCAUGGGGGUGGCCAGCCCAGUCCGUACAACAGGAGUUUUGUAAAUGCUCAAGACGAAAUAUACGUUGGUUAUACUAUUCCUGAUGAUUCUCUUGUCCUAAUAACAGUAGUGGAUUAUUCAGGAUUUUUGAAAAAGUUAACAUGGCAGGAGAGUGAAUCAAGUGAUGGCCAAUGGAAGGAGAUUUGGAGAGAACCUCAGUCUCGAUGUGAUUUUUAUGGAUGGUGUGGUCCAAAUAGUUUAUGUGAACCUGCUGAUAUAAAUAGAUUUGAAUGUUCGUGUUUACUUGGGUUUGAGCCCAAGUGCCCAAGGGACUGGUUUCUGAGAGAUGGUUGUGGGGGUUGUGUCAGGAAACGACUGGAAUCCUCUUCAGUCUGCGAGCACGGAGAAGGAUUUGUGAAGGUGGAAAAUGUAAUUCUUCCGGACACUACCGCAGCAGUUUGGGUGGACAUGAGCAUGAGUCGUGCAGAGUGUGAACUAGAAUGCAAGACCAAUUGUUCAUGCUCCGCGUACGCCAGCAUUGAAAUUCCUGGGCAAGGGGAUGGCUGUUUGACUUGGUAUGGGGAAUUAUUAGACAUGAAAUAUGGUACGACUGAUAGUUAUGAUCUAUUUGUUCGCGUUGAUGCAUAUGAAUUAGCUGAAUAUAACAGGAAGUCAAAUGGUUCUGGUAAAAGGAAGGACAUUCUGGCCAUUUUGGCACCAUCUGUUGCAUCGCUAUGGUUUCUCAUUAGCCUAUUUGCUUUUUUGUGGCUCAGGAAGAGGGCUCAAAAAGAGGCUCGAACUUUGAAUUUGAGUGUUGUCAGCGUGCAUGGCAACAAGUUGGAUCGAGUUGGGUUUUUUUGCCUCUGUUGGUGUUCUUGUGUCGCAUAUCCGGGUCUUCAGCCUACGUUCUACAGGUGGUUUCAUUCUAUUGAUUUACUUCCGUUGAUGUCUUCAUCAACAGACAGUGGGAAGACAAAAGGUAAACAGGUUACUGAUUUAGACCACAAUGAACUUGAGGUAGAUGUUGAAUUGGAGUAG